AGUUGGAAUUCCUUUAAAAAAAAAAAAGAGUUAAAGAAAAUACAGAAAGAGAGAAAGAAUUACAAUCAGUGUUUUUAAUUUGGGUUUCUUGGAUCAUUUCAAAUCUGAGACCUUUUCAAUGGGGUUCUUCGAUUUGGACUUUUCUUUCUUAGGUUAAAAUUUUGUUUUUGUAAGCUCAGCUGUUUUUUCUUUUCUUUUCUUUUUUGGUUCUUUCGGGAAUUUUUAUUUUGAUGCACUAGAUUUUUAUUACUUUUGUUGAAUUCUAAAUUUGGAAAUUGAAAACAGCUCGGGGAAGUGAUAGCAUAAUCAGAAAAUUUGAUGAGAUUUUGCUCCGAGGGAAGUAUAGGACUUUUGUUAGUAUCAUCUUCUAGCUUUAGAUUGGAGGUUGUCACUGUUUUAUUAAGAUUCCAUCGAAAUGGGGACUGAUAUGAACUUCAGGAGCUUCUGUAUCAACAACAACCCGCCGCCAUCUGAGGGAAGCGGGAGUACGCUGGUGGGGAAUAUGUCGUUAACGCGGCAGCAAUCGAUCUACUCCCGAACCUUUGAUGAAUUGCAAAGUACCAUGGGCGUCGGAUUAGGGAAAGAUUUUGGGUCUAUGAACAUGGAUGAGUUACUGAAGAGCAUAUGGAGUGCAGAAGAAACCCAGACUAUGGUUUCUGCUAUUGGAGGCCAGGAGGGGACUGGUGGGUUGCAGCGGCAGGGGUCGUUAACCUUGCCGCGGACUCUGAGCCAGAAGAAGGUUGAUGAGGUUUGGAGAGAUAUGUCAAAGGAGUAUGCUGUAGGAAAAGAUGGGGGUGGCACUGGAGGGUCUAAUAUGCCACAGAGGCAGCAGACUCUCGGGGAGAUAACGUUAGAGGAGUUUUUAGUGAGGGCUGGGGUGGUAAGAGAGGAAACUCAGUUGGUAGGGAAUGUUAAUAAUGGUGGAUUUUUUGGUGAUUUGCAGCGUCCAGGGAAUAAUCCCAGUUUUGGAAUUGGAUUUCAGCAGGGAGGUAGGGUUCCAAAUUUGAUGGCGAACAGGAUUACUGAAGGAGGUAAUCAGAUUGCUAUUCAGUCAUCAAAUUUGCCCUUGAAUGUUAAUGGGAUCAGAUCAAACCAACACCCCAUGGCUCAACAGCAAAACCAACAGCAACAGCAGCAAAUAUUUCCUAAGCAGCCUACCUUAUGUUAUGCACCUCAAAUGGCUCUAAAGGGUAGUGGUCAGUUGGGGAGUCCAGGAAUUAGGGGUGGGAUUACUGGGAUUGGGGAUCAGGGUAUAAGUAGUGGUAUGAUUCAGGGUAGUGCUUUGCAGGGUGGAGGAAUUGGUGUGGUUGGCUUCGGAGGGCCUCUUGGUGUUGGAACCAGAUCACCUACUAGCCAAAUAUCAUCAGAUGGGAUUGGAAAGAGUAGUGGGGAUACAUCUUCAGUGUCACCAGUUCCCUAUGUGUUUAAUGGAGGUUUGAAGGGGAGGAGGAACAGUGCUUUGGAGAAGGUGGUUGAGAGGCGGCAAAGAAGAAUGAUAAAGAACAGAGAAUCAGCUGCAAGAUCACGAGCUCGUAAGCAGGCGUAUACUGUGGAAUUGGAAGCUGAAGUUGCGAAGUUAAAAGAGGAAAACCGAGAAUUGAGGAACAAAGAGGCGGGAAUUGUGGAAAAGCGGAAAAAUCAGGUUCCAGCACAUUUCUUUUUCUUAUUUUGUUUUUCGUUGGGAAUAAUUGAUAUUUGGGAAUAUCACAAAUCAGACGGUUAUCUCAAAUUAACACUGCUUGCGUAUCCAAUUCCAGAUUUGCCUUGUGGGAUGGUCAUCUUUAGUUGGGGUGUGAAUUUGUAGUUAGGACAGUGCAAAACUAAAGAAAGAAAGAAUUUGUAGUUAGGAUGAAGACCCUUGAAGUUUUUUUUUUACUACAUUUCAAUACAUGACUUGAUUACAACUUUGCAACCAUUGAAUUAUUCACCCUUUGAAUCUUCUUGCAUUUUGGUAGCAUCCCAGGCCAUGGAAAUGAUGAAUAUGCAACGGGGAGGAAAGAAACGGUGCCUGAGAAGAACACAGACGGGUCCCUGGUAAAGUGAAAUGAGUUGGGAUCAUGAUUGUUGGGUCAAAACCAAGCUUAAGAUGUUUCUUAGUUCAGCUGCGCUGUACAGAUAUAUGGCAAGCAUGGUUCCAUUGUCGGUUUGAAGAGAUGAGUUGUAUUGUUCCAGUGCGGUGUAGGUUAGGGCUCUCCCAGCAUUAUAUAAUUUUUUAUCUGCUUAUGGAUAUUAGGGUUCGCCUUCAUACCGUGAUGCAUUUCAGACAAUAUUAUGUCCCCUUCCCUAACUUCCUAUAAACAAAAUGCCGUCUAUUGCAUCUUUCUGUGGUAAUUGGAUAUUUAUGUUACUGUCCCCUUUUUUGGUUGGUAAAAUAGACUUCGGAGAAGUGA